AUUCAAUUUAAAUUCAUCCACCAUUUUGUUUUCCGUGGAAAAAGUCGUGAAACGUGAACAAAUCAAGAAAUCUUCGUUUAUCCGUGGUGAAAUAUUACGAAAUACUAAUUAAAAUGUGUAUUUAGUUCGGACGUGACAUUGAUUGGGUUAACAUCUUAGUUUUAUCUGCACUAACGUGCUAUAGCGGUGAUAAUUGAUGUGCUGUUGAAGAUUGUGCUUGUUAUGGUGACAACGGCUUCUCUCAGCGGGCAAGAUGUCGAAGGAAAUCGCGGAGGAGUAUGCGUCGAGCUUGUCGGAUCUGACGGUGAACAGCAAGCCCCUCAUCAACAUGCUCACGAUCCUAGCUGAGGAGAACAUCGAGCACGCCGGGGUGAUAGUUGAAACUGUGGAGAAGCAUUUGGAGAAGGUCCACCCGGACAUCAAGCUCCCCGUCCUCUAUUUAGUGGACUCCAUCAUCAAGAAUGUCGGUGGUGCUUACACGUCUAAGUUUUCGGAGAAAAUCGUCAAUAUGUUUACUAGGACUUUCAAACAGGUGGACGAGAAGACUCGUUCUCAGAUGUUCAAGCUGCGGGAGACGUGGCACGACGUGUUUCCUGCAACAAAGCUGUACCAGCUGGAUGUUAAAGUGAACCUCAUAGACCCGGCGUGGCCGAUACAGGCCCAGCCGCAGCCGUCCAACAUCCAUGUAAAUCCAAAUUAUCUGAAAAAGCCUGUGGCCACCACCUCAUCAGUGCCAGUCCUGACCCCCGAGGAGGAGAAGAUGCGCGCGGUGCUGGCUCGGAAGGAGCAGGAGCUGCUGAUGCUGCAGCGCAAGAAGGUGGAGAUGGAGCUGGAGCAGGCGCGCCGGCAGUGCGAGCUGGCUGAGAAGGGGGUUCAUAUGACGGCGCCGCUAGUCCCUCUCUCGGGCUACCAGGUGCCCAUGGCGAUGGUGAACCCGCACGUGUCCCCGGCCCUGGGGGCACUGGGCACUCCGCUCGUGACCCACGCGGCUGUAGUGGGUGAAAGCGGUGGUGGUGUGCCGGUGAAACAGAGGCUCGGACCGCCGGUGGCGAAGGCGACGGGCCGCAUCGCGCCGGUGAGCGCCGCCAUGCUGGUCCCCCGCCGCGACCCCCGCCUCGCGCGCGCGCCCCCCGCACCACCCGCGACCCCCGCACCCCCAGCCAUCGCCCCCAACGUCUUCGACAUCAAACCACUCGACAAACCCAAGAGGAAGAACUUCGUCACCAUAGACGUCAGACCCGAACACGUUCCGCCGAGAAAACGACCGGAGAGAAGAGACCCGAGGUUGGAGAAAAAGAAAGAUGUCGACGAACGCAAACGACAAGACAAAGAGAAGAGACUAGCUAAGAAACUUGAAGAGGAAAAGCAGGAGAGAAAUAAAAAGCUGCAGGAGAAACUGAAGGAGGAGGAGAAAGAGGAAAAGAUGAAGCUGGAGAUCGAUGCGAAUAACUUCGACAUCAAGUCGUCGCCCAAAAACAAUGUCGAUGACUACAUCAAUCGGCUACAAAUAGACCAUAAAAAGAUCAGCAAACUGCCGCCGAUACCUAAACUGAGCAGAAACGACGACUCGUCCAAAACCAAGGACGAAGUGCCGUCGCCUGUGAAAAAACGCAAAGAGGCGGCGCGAGCUGAACGAAAGAAAAAACCUCGCGACGGACAAAACUCCGAAAGCUCCCCAGAAAAGAAGGCCAAAGCCAAAGAGGCCAAAGAAACGCGUAAGAAACAAAAAGAACAACCCAUGGACGUCGACAAACCGGAUCCAGAAGUCGUGUCGUUCAAGGAACUCAAGAACUAUCACAAGGAACGCUAUCGCCGCAACAGAGACAAGUCGGAAAGCCCCGAGAAAAUCCCCGAAGCGACCCAAGAUACCCCGGCCCCAGACAAACAGACAUCAAAUAUACCAGGGGUGGUGGAAAGCAAGGAUGUUGACUUGCGAGUGUUGGCGCCCAUCGAGGCCAAGGCUUCGCCCGUCGCGCAGAAACGACCUUCCACCGAGGGCCAAGAGAGCAAAACUAAGAAGACCAAGCUUGAUAAGUUUGAUAUACUGUUCGGAAACGAAGAUGUGGACCUGAGGCAGUUGCCGCAAGUUGAAGAAGUUAAAGACACAGUCCCAUUGGCUUCGGAGUCCCCUAAAGCCGAUAUAGAUUCCAGGGCGAUAAACUUAGAAGAGGAUUCUGAGACUGUUGAUUCGCCGCAAGCGUCGCCUAAAGGCAAGGAUUGGACGGAGGUGAAGAAGACUCCGGAUGCCAAAGGCCUGUCCAAGUUGGACCAGGUCAGAGCGAAGUUGGCAGAAGCGACUAAACGGAAAGACCUGCUGGGAAGACCUUCGCUGUCUAAGUCACCAAGCCUAGAAAGAGAAAGAAGACGCACGAUCAGCAACGCCGACGACACAGACCUGAGGACAGAGGGAGAGGACGAAGUCAACAAGGAGACCAUCUCGCUCAUACUCUCGCAGGCUAAGGAACAUUUCAAGGACGGGAAAAUGGACAAAAACCAGUACAACACUCUCAUGUUCCAAGUCAUGCAGCUUAACGAGAAACUGAAACUCAAGGAGGCGAAGCAGAGAGAGUCUCUAGAAAUGUCCAAGAGGAAACUUCAUAAAGUCAAUGUAAGUGAUGAUGAUAUUGAACAGAACAGAUUCGGUGAUAUAGAUGAGAGGGUUACUCCAGCAUUUAUGGACACGCCUCCGAACAGUCAGGAUGUGAAGCAAGGCAUGCAGGACUUCGACAUGCGAGUGGCCCCCGACGUGAUGGAAGGCCCGAUGCCUCGCGGCAUGCGGCCGCCGCUGCCCAUGCCCCCUAUGUUCCCUAUGGGCCCUGCCCAAGGCCCAUAUCCACCCAUGUGGCGCCCCAUGAGGCCCAGAGGAGAAGACUUCAACGGCCCCAGAAGACCCCGUGGCCCUAUGCCGCCAUUCUUCAGAAAUAAGUUCGAUAAGAGGAUCCCUAGACCGCAGUUCGAGCAGAGAUUCGGUCCGCCGCUCAUACAGCCUAAAGUAGGCAUGUGUCAGGGGCCCAGUCCGCUAACUCCGUACCAAAGGGUCGAGUCGCCACCGCCGCUUGGAGCCCCUGGACAACUCAUACCACAGACAGACUUUAGGGUUAUUGAAUACAUAGACCAGGAUCCCAUGAAGACGAUAGACAUUGAUGGCGUCCCGAGAGAGAUCAGAUUCUACGGGGAAACGGCAGUCAUAAUGCUGGACUGGGACGAUCCGAGAGAAAUCAAAUUCUUGCCCGGAGCCAGAAGAAUCACCUUUGAUAACAAAGACUCUGUGGUCUUGGAUUUCAACGAUGAGUACAAGAAAGUGGAAAUAGACGAGCAAGUGUUCGAUAUUCGCUUCGGCGCGCCGACCAGGGAGCUAUACAUUAACGGGAAGUGGUACGAAUGUUUCUUCGGAGCGCCGCCAGUGGCUUUACUCAUCGAAGGCAAACCCAGAAUGAUCCAACUAGACGGACCUCCCCCGCAAGUAGACAUCGGGAAAGUCAGACGCACGGACCUAAUAGCUGGCAAAAUAAACCUAAUCGUAGACGCCCAACACAUGUGCCCAGUCUUCCUCGACGGCAAAGCGCAGAAGUUCCUAAUAAACAACCAAUUCUUCAGCAUCCGCUUCGCCGAUUCCUUACGCACCGUGUUGAUAAACGAAGUGCCGUUUAAGGUUGAGUUUGGGGGGUUGCCGAAGCCGAUAUUCAUUGGGCAGACGAAGCAUUUUAUUCGCUUCUCUGUUCUCCCUAGGGGGGUUAAGCCGGGGCAGAUAGAGAUAGCGGGUAUGGAGGGGUCGCUAGCGACGCCGGCGGGGGCCGCGGGGGUGAAGGCGGGCGCGGUGAGCGAGGGGGGAGAGGGAGAAGUGAAGGAUGAAGUGAUGGAGACGGAUCAAGAUGAGCCGAGUCGACCCGACAAGGUGCUGAGUCCCGACGGAGAGAGCAAUCAAGGUGGCCUAGACAUGCUAGCCAGUGUGAUGCCCUCAAGCAUGGCUCCAGCCUCAUCGUUCUCCGGCUACAGCAUGGCCGAGCCCCUGUUCUCCAACCCCGGGGCUGGCAUCCCGGGCUUGGAGCCCGAAGAGAAACCCUCCAUACCCGUGCUAGGGAACAUCAAUGUGAAUGAUCUGUUUGCUAAGCUGAUAGCUACGGGGAUAGUGCAAGUGCCUAAAGAGGAUGCAAAGGAGGUGAAAGAGGAAGUGAAAGUGAAAGCGAAGGAGGAUAAGAGUGUGAUUCAUGUGGUGGAUCUGAUGAAACCGGAGACUUUGAGAGGCAAGCAGCCGGGCCUAGUCUCCCGUCUAUACGGCGGCAUGCAGUGCAGCGGCUGCGGCGCGCGCUUCCUGCCCGAGCACACCGUGCGCUACUCGCAGCACCUCGACUGGCACUUCCGACAGAACAGGCGCGAGCGGGACUCGGCGAGGCGCGCGCACUCCAGACGGUGGCAUUAUGAUCUGAGGGACUGGCUGACGUAUGAGGAGCUGGAGGAUUUGGAUGAGAGAGAAAAGAGCUGGUUUGAGACUGGCGGUUCAACAGAGACGGGCGUGGAACCGGCGGCCGAGACUCCCUCAGUCGCCGCCGGCGCGCCCGCCGACCGACAUUGUGCUCUAUGCGGAGACGCAUUCGACCAGUUUUACAACGAAGACAAGGACGAGUGGCAUCUCAGGAACUCUGUGCGCCAUGAGGAUAAGAACUAUCAUCCGUUGUGCUUCGAUGAUUAUAAGGCGUCCCUAGCGAAAGAAGAGCCGGAACCGGAACCUAAGACCGAAGACACAGCCACAGAGGAAGCUCCACCCGCCACAGACAAGGAAGAAGACGCCAUAGAGAUCAAAGAUGCAGAUGAAAGUUCACAGAUGUCCGACACAGAUGAUGUGGAGGUCAUUGAACCUGUGAAGGAGAUUACUGAGGCUUUGGAGAUAGACGAAGGCGAAGAGGACGAUGUCAUCUACAAGGCCGAGCCCGUGGAACAAGUGACCGUGGAGGACGCGGACACGGACGACGAGACGGCGGCCGAGCGCGCCGACAGGGACCAGCGACACCAGUUCGACUUGGUCAAGGUCAAGGUUGAGCCCGUUGAUCCUGACGACGAGCCAGUCAUCACAGCCGAAGAGGAAGCCGUCCGCACCGUGCCCGACGCCCCGUCCGCGUCCGUGCAGUCCUCCAUCGACGGCAACCUGCAGCUCGAGGCCGCGCCCCCCGCGCCGCCCGCCUUCCCCGCCGGCGGCAUCCGCAUCAACAUCACCAAGACCAUCCCCACGCUCGUCACCGCCCCCGCCAUAGACACCGCUCUAGAGGACAUCAGUGUCGAGGAUGAACCGCCGCCGCCCGGCGAAGAACCCGAGCUAGAGUAUACGCUGAAGCCCCAUCUAGAAGGCAAGGAGUUUAGCCGACAACCGCCCGUGCAAAGAGGCGCGGAGCUCUCAGGGUUGUGCUCAAUUAUGUGAGGUGUUUUGUAAUUGUGAUAUUAGUUAAGGUGUUUUCGUUCGUCUUCUGUGUAUAUAUAGGUAGUGUUAAUUGUAAUGUGUAUAUAAAUAGGUUUUAUUGAAUUGGUUUUAGUGGUAGUGGUAGCGAAUGCUACGUGGCAUCACAAUGUUACAAUGGAUAUUGUAUGAUUUCUGAUUUUGUUUUAGUAACUUGUUUUAUUUAAAUUAAUUUACUUCAGUUUACGUUACCGUAUUCGGAUGGAGGAUUGAUUAGUCUGUUUGAAUUAAAUUUUAAGUUUUUUAAGACAAAUUGAUAGUGUAUCAAAAUACUUAGCUUUUGUUAUUUUUAAGAAUAGAAUAAGAUUUUCGGUGUUCAUUUUAUUUGUUUAUGUACCUAAGUAAAUUAUCUGUAAAUUCAACGAGACAAAUCAAAAAAUUAUAAAAUAAAAAAUGAAUAAAAAUGUUACAAAUA